AUGAGAUGGAUGUUUCUCAGUAAGAGCAUGCUAGAGAGCGAAGCACCAAUGGUGUACUGCAGUGCGUACGGUUCGGGCCUGCGCAAUGUUAAUAGCUUCACAGUAUCUUCAUCGCAGUCGCAAGGCUUUAGUUGGAACCAAGAUCUGUUUGCAUCGCAGUACCAGCAGAUGUGCAAGGUAGUGUACGACGGACACGAAGAUACAAUUGAUGGGCUGAUAGCAUCCAUCAAGGAGAAAUGUGGAAAAAUAGAUAGUGGAAAAGCAAGACAAAACAGUGUAUUUGUUGGUGGCGGCAGGCGCAGUACUGAAACAUCUCAUUGGCUUGCUGGUGGAUACUCGAAUAACGAGGAGGAGGGUAAUAACCAGGACGAGGAUGGAGACGAAGCUCUGACCGAUUUUGAGGAAGAUGAGGAGGCGAUGGAAGGAUAUUUGCACGAAAAUCGGCCAGCAUUUCGUUCUGAUUGUGGGCUCUCGCUGUAUCCCAUGAUGUCAGAACAGUUCAAUCGGCCUCGCCGAAUCUCGCAGAGAAGUAUAAGUUUGGUGUCAGACUCAAAAAAUGGCAAUUACGAUAGAAGUGAAUGCGCUAAUAUCGACAUGGAGGAAGACACGCCGGAGAACCAGCAUUUCAAAUGGUUGAUUUCCGCAUAA